ACAUAAUCUAUUGUCUAUGGGAAAUGGCCACAUUAGUCCACGUUUUACACCAUAAUCAUUCAUCUGAAGCGACUAGUGAGUGUUUGUUAUCGAAAUGUCUAUUCUAUUCACACUUUCACAGGGUUUUAUAAUAUAAUGUAUUGGCCUUUGCUCAUUAGGUACAUGGAAGUUGAGUAAUCUGGUUGGCAGUACAGUUGAUAACCUCUAGGCACUAGUCUAUACAACUACUCAAGUACUCUAGUAGUUUUAAUAGUUAUUAAAUUUAUUAACUAUACAAUAUUUCAGGGGGGAUGGUUGGACCCCCAAAACACCCCUUAUAUACGGAUUGGCACGAUAGUAUACUUGCGUCACAGUCGUUCUGUCAGUUCUGUGCUUGAGGUGUGCUGUGUGCAGCAAGCUGCAGUAGUGCUGUGUAGUGUGUGCGCUGGGUAUCUAUUCUAUAUUAUUAUCGUUAUCUUUAGCCCACGAGUUGUGUUAUCAAUUUAUCAUCGUAAAUAUUUUGAGUUUUACUUAUUAACUGCAAUAGAUUUUUAAACGGUUUUAAAAUUUAUUUACACAAUUACAUUUAAGUCUUAAAUUACCUUUAUAUUAUUAGGAAAUAAUAUAUAAAAUUGUAUAUAUUUGUAAAUACCUCUAGUUGUUAUUCACUGAAAAUGGAACCAUUAGAUCCCUAUGAUAAUCCCAUAAAAUGUAUUUUUGUUUGCCAUUUCCAUCACACCGCUGGACCAAAGAUUUUGUGUCAGGUGCCAAAAGAUUUUUUGAGCAAGGAUACGUUUGAGACAGUUAGUGUGUACAUGAUACCUAAAGGUCAACUCCAAAAAUUUAUAAUUACUAUAACAACAAGGGACAACAAAAUUUUGGGUUAUCCAAUUCAAAUUAAUGAUCAAAAAUAUCUUCGUAAUGCAUACUAUUUUAAUUUGUGUUUUGUUUGCGAUCACAAUUCUCAUACAUUACAUUAUGAACCCAUUGUAAAAAAAUUAUCUACUUUUUUGUUAAACUUAGAAAUAGAAGAUAAUUUUCUGUCUAAAAGUGAUCAAUCAGAAAAGUCUCAAGAAGAAUUAUUAUGUCUGAUGAGUCAAGUUAUGCAAGAUUUAAACCUGCACAAAAGAUGUAAAUUAAUAGCUCGGCAAUCCAUUAUCUAUUUAAAUGUUAUUGAAGUUUCACGUAAUCCACCUACUCCAUUGGAUUUUGAUGUUCCAUUAUUAGUAUCUGAAAUAGAUUUUUUAGAUGAACAGUGGGAUUUAACGACCAGACAAGUAGCCCCAUUUAUUGAUGGAGUAAACCAUGUAUCUAAAAUUUCUAAACUUUCCAAAUUGGAUAUUGAAGUGGUCGCCGCUUGUAUUCAAAAUCUAGUUUAUUGUAAUGCUGUUUCAUUAGUAGAUUUAUUUCGUUAUAGUAAUAUGUAUGUAUGUACUACUAAAAUUGGACAACUUGCAAGAAAUAAAAGUCGUUAUGAUGAAGCAAUUAGUGCUAUAUCACGACCAGGUGGACCAAAAGCAACAUUCAAAGACAUAUUCACUGUAUUUUCUGCAAUGAGGCAAGGAUCACGAUUUAUUGAUGUCUGUUUAAGGUAUAAUCCAGUUUCAAUAAAUAUUGAUGAAAGAAAUUUAGUACUCUACGGGCUUGCUAAUGGUUACAUUCGCCAGUUGAGAAAGUAUCCUGUGGUAUUAAAAGAAAAAGAUGUUGAUAAAACAUUUAUGGGGAACUACUAUAAUGGCCUAAAUUCACUCAAUAUAAUUAGCUGUUUUACGAAUUCAGAUGUAUAUCAGUUGGAUGAAGAAAUUGAAAGGGACAUAAGAAUAGUAUCAGUAUGGAAAUAGCUAGAAACUAUUAUGUUAAAAAAUAUAUAUUGAAGUAUGUAAACUGUAAUGUAUAAUAUCAUAAGAAAAACGAAUUUUUAUGAUUAAUGGAAAUAUUGUUAUAAAUUAUUUAUUAUUGUUUGGCAUUAAAUAUAAAAGAUAAUUUUUUUUACAUUUA